UGGCAUGUAGUUUCCCAGCAACUGAUUUUCUCCAACGGCUGCGUUUGAAGGGCACAUCUGUCUCAGCUCCACCGUGAAAUGACUGUACUGAAAGAGAGCCUGUUUCAGGGCUUUACCCUGUUUAUGAUUGCCUUGGGGUUAGGCGUUGGGUUGUUGCUGAAGCAUGUGGUUCCUAUCACUCAGCAUCAAAUGGACUGGAUGAAAAUCCCGGGAAAUUUGCUUCUUCAAAUGCUGGAGUUAUUUGCUGCACCUCUCAUUGUGACAAGUGUGAUUGCAGGAAUAACUGGAAUAAAAAGCAAAUUGCCUGGGAAAACAGGCUUCUUCACAUCAACGUACAUCUGUGUCUCUACCAUUCUGGCCGUAUCUAUUGGAGUGACUCUAGUGAUCCUGGUCAAGCCUGGUAUGGAUAACACGGAAUUGGGCAGAAGAACCGUGAACAUAGACAUGUCAUCCUCCUACAUGCAAGUGCUUUUUAUGGAUCUUAUUAGGAACAUGGUUCCAGAGAGCUUCGUUCAGGCUUUCUACGAGAGGUACCAGACAGAGAUUAUUCAGGUUAAAUUAAGAACUUCUAGAAGACUCACCCUUGAUCCCACAGUAGAACAUAAUGGCACUCUGACACGACUGACAGGCAAAUAUGUUGCUGGAGCCAACAUGAUAGGACUGAUCUUCUGGUCUUUCAUCAUCGGCGUCAUGCUAAACAGGGCAGGAAUCAAGGCCAAAGCCACGGUGAAGUUCAUUAAACUCCUCAGCAAUGCACUAAAAAUCAUAUUCAACUGGAUGAUGUGGUACUUGCCAAUCGGCAUUUUGUUCCUGGUUGUGGAGCUUGUGAUGGAUGUUGGUGACUGGAGCGCUAUCAUGAAAAUUGCCAGACUUAUAGGGGUAAUUUUGCUGGGGCUGGGAAUGCACUCCUUUCUUGUUCUUCCAUUGAUUUACUUCGUGUUCACCAAACGGAACCCCUUUCUCAUCUUAAUCCGGGUUUCCAAGGCUUUGUUCACCUCAAUGAUCAUGGCGUCCAGCGUCGCCACUCUGCCUGUCACCAUUCAAUGCUGUGAAGAGAACUUGAAGGCCAACGCAAGAUUCUGCCAGCUCAUGUUGCCAUUAGUCGCCAGCAUGAACAUGAACGGGUUGGCGCUGUAUGAAGCGGUCUGUAUCAUGUUUGUUGCCCAGAUGCGUGACAGCAUUUUGGAUGUCAGCCAGUUCAUCACCAUUUGCUUGACCAGUUGCAUUUCAAGCUUUGGAGCUGCAGGUGUUCCAGUAACGGGAUCUGCAACCACUAUCCUGAUUUUGACAUCUGUGGGACUCUCUGCACGUGAUGCACCCCUUCUGCUGAUCUUUGAGUGGUUUUUAGGCCAUUUCACUACCAUAGUCAAUGUGCUAGGAGACUGUUAUGGUGUGGCUCUCAUCAGUCAUCUGUGCAAGGAAGAGCUCUUGGCCCUGGAGAUAUUACUAAGGGAAAAGAUGCGAUCCGCCAGUGACCUCGAGUUGGACUUAAUCUGUUUGGAGCCCGAUGACGAGCUCGUCCCUUCCACUUCCACAGAAUGUAUAUCACCUAAGAGAGGGGAUAACGGAAAUUUGGCUGAUUGAUACAAUGCUUUGUAAAAUAAAUACA